AAGCCGCGUCCGAAGAGAGCAUGACGGGAUAUGAAAGUCCUCCGGCGGCGCGCUGCCGCCAUGUCACCGAGAGAGAAACAUAUAGCUAUUAUCUCUGUUUUAGGCGUAGUUAGUCUUGCUCUUUAUUAUAUUCCCAAUUUUCUUUGGGUGACUUUAUUUCUUUCAGUGUGUUGUAUUGUGUGUUACUAUCAAAGCGGAGAACCGCUUCCCGCCAGGUUAGGCCUCAAUCCUCGGGCUCGCCUGAGAGUUCCAGCCGUGCUCCGGCGCUGGUUUUGGGGCUGGGUAUCAACCGGCGUGUCGGUGGCCGCUCGGGGGAAAACGAAGAGCGGCAGAAACAAAACUGAGCACCGGUCCUUUGAGGGACACUUCAGAGAAAGGCCCGUUGAAACUGGGAUUUAUAGGAGGGAUACUUUGCACACUGAGUCGUUUCUUUUCAGUCCUCGGGAUUUCCUCAUGGGGAGUUACAUCGGAAAACCCGAAAGUCCAACUGCCGACUCCGGGAGGCCAAGAGCCGGGAGAAACCCCCGAGAGCAGCUCCGUGAGAGACUGGCCAGACCCAACCAUGCUGUCUACACGCCGAACAGGAGGCUCUCAUUUGCCGGGGAGCCGCCGGCCACAGCGGGCAGAUUCACCAUCACCCCCCAGCGUCAUUACCCCCUGCAGCAGCCCGGGGUCUCACAAGUGGGAGUCCUACCUCCUGUGAAGUGGGACAGCUUCAGGAAGAAAAACAUCCUCAGCCCUCGUAACUGUUCUGCUGUCCUCAGCCCCGUCACCAUCAAGAUCGCCAGGCCGGACCACCUCAGCUCCCCCAGUUUUGACCAUCUGAGUUGUGCGGGGCUCCCCAGGGCGCCUGUGGACCCCUGCUCCAGAGAAAGUGUCCUCAAGGUUUUGAAGGAAAGCCGCAAGAGAGUAGUUGAGGAGGAGGACGGAAGCUUCACAGCCGAGCAGAAAAGCAAAAGAAGGCGUAAUGACAGCAAUGGAAGCGCACAAUCUGCGUUUGAGCCUCUCCUGCCCAACGGGACACCAUCACUGCUGGUCCCUAAGCCUGGAAGCCUGAAAAGAGGGAUGACCUCCCUUGCAGAGGAUGCCCUCAUGAAGAGAUCUCGCACCUCCUCCAUCAGCUCCGGCAGCGGGGUCCACACCCCCAGAGGAACCCCCGGCAGCAGGAGAAACCCUAUCCAGAGCUCCUACAGCUCUUCAAAGGGCCUCAGCCAGUGGAAGAAGCGGUCAGCACCCAGCUCCCCUCUCUCCAGCCCCGGGUCAUCUCGCUCUCAGACCCCAGAGGCAGCCUCCAAAAGAGCCAAGGAGGACGACGGACAGUCUCCCAGCUCAGCAUCCUCAGUGAGGUCAGAGAAGACGGCCUCUGAGAAGGUUCCUGUUACAUCUAAAUGUACUCCAGCUCUCAAGCUGCCAGUCACCCCCUCAGCAGAGUCUACUGGGAGUGGUGGGAAGAGGAAGCGUAAGAUCCAGCUGGUGUCGAGCCACCGGGACGAUCAGAUCUCUCUGCCUCCACCUCCAGAGCUGGGCUACACCAUCACUGUGAAGGACCUGGAUGAGGAGAAGAAGGCUGCGCUCAGCAAAAUCCAGAAGGUGCUGGAGACCCCUGCUCCAGAGCCAGAGAAGUCUGUCGCCCCCGCAGUCUCCACUUCCCUCCAUCCUGCCUCCUCCAGCAGCAUCACCACCCUGAGCAGCCUCCUGGCUUCUCCUCUGCCCACCGCCUCCUCAACACUCUCAAACACCCCCGUCAUCAACCUGGACCCCAGCGUCAGUGUGAGCUCCGCCCCGGCAGCAUCCAACCCGCUGCUGGAGGCUCUGAAGAUGAAGAUCAUCAUUCCUGCGAGCUCCACCUCUGCUGCCAACACAACUACAGUGUCUGCAUCCUCCACGCCGGUGCAGUCCAGUGGUUUCACCCUGAAUGUUUCCACUGCAGGAGUCGCCCCUCCUGCCUCCACCUCUACAUCCUCCUCUACAGGUGUGGAUCAGCCCUCAGCCUUCACCCAGGUGCUGAGUCAGGUCUCCAAGCCCUCCAUCAGUGUUGCUGCUGUAGCAGGACCAACCCUGUUUGGACUGAGCAGUCUGAUCAGCAUCGCUGCUGCUUCUUCCGCCUCCAACCCGGUCUCUGCUGCUGCCCCUUCCCCCGCCAGCAGCUUAGCUUCACUCAGUAACACCAACCCUCUGCUGGCUUCAGGGUUCAAACCCAUUUUUUCCGUCACCACCACCACCACCCCCACAGCUGCAUCAACCCCGGAGAGCAAACCUCCUGUCCAAAGUUUCAAGCCCAUCUUUGGAGCUGCUACUUCAAGUGCUGGAUUCGGACUGCCUCCACCCUACACCACCUCUAACUCAGCCGCCACCGCUUCUCCCAGUAUCACAUCAUCAAUGUUUGGUGGAUCCACUAGCAGCACCACAGUUACCCCGUCUGUUUUCCCUGGUUUAACCAUCACCAACACCCCCUCCUCCACCGGCUCCAUCGCUGCCACGCAGCCCGCAGCCCCAGCAGCUGUGAAAUCCCUCUUUGGAAACUGGUCAGCACCAACAACAACCUCCACCAGCUCAGCCUCAGCGCAGGCGCCUAACACCGGGAGCUCAUUUCAGUUUGGAGCCGCGACCACUACUGCUGCUGCUGCUCCUGUCCUGACCGCUGCUGCCACCACCACCUCCAGCGGGGGCAACUUCGCCUUUGGUGCCACACAGGCAGACCCUCAGGCAGCCAACCAGAAGGCAUUCUCCUUCGGUCAGGCCGCUCCCAGCCAGAACACAACCACAUCUUCAUUUGGAGGCUUUUCAAUGGCCACCACGGCCUCCUCCACCACUGCUGCCACCACCACCCAGUCCACCUUCAGCUUUGGGAAGCCGUCCUUUCAAGCACCGGCAGCACAGGCCACAUUUGGCUCCUCGGCGGCACCGGCAGCACAGAACACAUUUGGCUCCUCUGCGGCACCGGCAGCACAGGCCACAUUUGGCUCCUCGGCGGCACCGGCUGCACAGAACACAUUUGGCUCCUCGGCAGCACCGGCAGCACAGAACACAUUUGGCUCCUCGGCGGCACCGGCAGCACAGAACACAUUUGGCUCCUCGGCGGCACCGGCAGCACAGAACACAUUUGGUUCUUCAGCGGCACAAACGGCACCGACCACGUUUGGUUCUUCAACGGCAGCACAGGCCACAUUUGGUUCUUCAGCGGCAGCACAGACCACCUUUGGCUCCUCGGUGGCAGCGCCUAACUCUUUCAACUUCGGUGGAGGAGCAUCAUCCACCCCAGCCCCUAACACCGCCCCACCCUCUUUCCCCUUUGGGUCGACUGCCGCCACAACAGCUGCCAGUUUUGGGACGCCUGCUAAACCAGCGUUUGGAAGCAGCUCCACUGGGUUUGCUUUCGGCGGCACCGCUGCUCCCUCUGCUGCCCCCUCGGCUGCUCCGAGCUUCGGUUCAGCCGCACAGACUCAGAGCUCCUCCUCCUCCAACUUCUCUUUUGGAAAUGCGGCUCCUCAGCAGGCGGCGCCCGGUCCGGCUCAGCCUGCAUCCGGUGGAUUUAACUUCGGAGCUGCGAUGCCAUGCCCCCAGUUUGGAACACCAGCCCCCAGUAACCCUGCACCACAGAUGGGAGGCUUCAAUUUCGGGGCUGCUGCUACUGACAAACCAGCUUUUGGAACGUCUAACCCAUCCUUCGGUCAGAGUGCUCCCGCCGCUGCAGGUCCGAUUCCCUUUGGAAGUCCUGCAACUCCAGUCCAAGGCUUCAACUCUGUUCCUUUCGGGUCCCCAGCCGCUCCCUCCUUCUCCAUCGGAGCCGGAUCAAAGCCAAUUGGAGCUCGUCAGAGGCUUCAGGCGCGGAGGCAGCACAACAGGAAGAAGUAACGUGCUCCGUGUGUCCAGCACCGCCUAAAGAGGACUUCAGCUGCUGCUGCUGCUAUCGUUGAUCUGGCUUACGUUGCUCUGAUCAAACCCCUCAAACCUGGCUGCCACCACGUCCUCUGCUCCCCCUCCUCAGGUGGUUGUGCUUGCCCGAAACAUUGUGUUUGUAGAGGAAUUGGAAAGAGCACACAGCCUGCUCGCUGCCUGGAUGACUACAUGUGAGGAGACAGGAUCCAUAACAACGUACUAUACUUGAAGAGAGGGAGAAGACACGUUUGAUUUUGAACAAAAGCAUAUCCAAAGUCCUUUUUUGUUUUCCUUUUACAGUGUGUGGACACUCCCAUUGGUUGGUCUUAAGGAGAAGUUGAGACGCCUCGACUCAAACAUUUAUUUUUUAUACGUGAAGAGCUCACUGGUUUGUAUGUUACAGAGUAUUUGAGUUCGUUAUCUGAAUGAAUGAGUGUGAUUAGGAUGAAAGGCACAGUUGAUUCAGAUAAGGUACAAAAACACUGCAGUGUAAAUGUAAAGUUAUGAGAAGUUUGCAUUUUUAAAUUAUUUUUUUAAUUGGCUCUCUGACCCUGUAAAUGAAUGAUGUGUUUCUGCAGUUAAAGGGCGACUUAGUUAAUGUCUUAAAGUAGUUACUGCAGACUUUUGUGUUCUUGUUUCAUACUUUUUGUCAUUUCAAGCAUUCCUAGAGCCUUUUUUUGACAGUGAUUGCCAACACUGAUGUAAUUAGCAGGUCAGUAUAGGACUAAGAUGACUACUCUUAUCUUAUACUGACCAAACCAAAGCCAACUCAUCAACUUCAUGCCUGUGAAAAGAAUCUGUGAACUCUGUCUCUCUUUAUGCUGAGAUGUUUGUUUGUGCCAGACUACCUCUCUUUGCUCCAGGCGCUGAAUCUGUGUCACUGACAGGAUUGAGAAGAUCAAUAAUAUUUUAACCACUGUUAACACCUUUUUAAUUAAUACAGUGAGUGUUUAAAUUACAUGCUGCAAAACAAACAUUAGCCCCUCUGGUAUUUCAAUGUUUUAAUAGAUAAAUAAUAUCAGCUUUACUUAGAUACAAUUUGUCAUAUUGAAAAGUAUUAGUUAUCUGCUUAGUAAUUGCAUAAACUCUCAUGAUGAUGUCGAAGAUUUGUCAAACACACGGGACGAUAAACACAUUUCUGUCUGCGGUCGAGGUUUUUUUUAAUUAAAAUGAUUUCUGUUUUGUGUGAUGCAUUUUGUGGUUAAUUUUGAAUGAAUAAAAACUGAAUUUUGGACUUGAAUGUUACAAAAAGAACACA